UCGUUUAGACGUGAAGUCUUCCCAGGCCUUUCCAGAUCCAGAUGCACCCGAAGCAGCAGCAGCAGCAGCAGCAGCAGCAGCAGCAGCAGCAGCAGCAGCAGCAGAAGGGGAUUUGCUGAUGCAUAAAGGGAAGCCAAUUGCUGCUAUGGGCGAUGAUGAGCUGAGGGCUUCUGCUGCUGCUCUUGUGGCUCAGAAGGCAGCAGCAGAAGAAGCAGGACUUGACCAGCAAAUGUUGGAGGGUGACCUGCUGUUCUCUGGGGGCCCCUCGGGGGCCCCCAAAAGCCGUCAAGAAAUUUUGAGGGAAAUAAUAACAAAAAGCAAAGAUGCCAAAGCCCAGCACGCGAGGGAAGUGGAGGAGCAGCAGCAGCUGCUGCAGCAGCUCGAAUUGCAAUUUGCUGCUGUCCGCGAAGACUUGCCUUUUGUGGCGCCCAAGCAGAAAGAGCCGAGCCUUGGAGAACUGCUGGCCAAAUAUGCGAAGGGAGAAGAGCAGCAAGAUGGCAAGCAGCAGCAGAAGCAGCAGCAGCAGCAGCAGCAGCAGCAGAAGCAGCAAAAGAAAGAGCCGUCACUACUUGCCUUUCUCAGCAGCAGCAGCAGCAGCAGCAGCAACAGCAGCAGCGUCGGUGAGGGCCCGUUGCUGCUGGACUCAAGCGAGAAGAGCAGCAGCGAGGGCGCAGCAGCAGCAGCAGCAGGAAAGGGUUCUGGCGCUGCAGCAGCAGCAGCAGCUGCUGCUGCUGCUUCUGGCGAGGGCCUGAUGCCUGCAGCAGCAGCAGCAGCAGCAGCAGCUUAUGACCGCGCAGCAGCUUUGCUGCGCUUUGAGCCUCGUGUUGCAGCAGGAGAAAAGCUGCUGACAGAAGAAGAGCUGCAGCAGCGAGCCAAGAAGAAGCUGCUGCAGCAGCAAAAGAAGCAGCAGCAGCUGCUGCAGCAGGAGCAGCAGCAAGAGGAAGAGGAACUGAGGAAAGAAGAAGAAAGCUUUUGGAACGGAGCAGCAGAUGCUGAGGCUUCAGGCAGCAGCAGCAGCAGCAGCAGCAGCAGCAGCAGCGAUGGCAGCAGCAGCGACGGCAGCAGCAGCGAUGGCAGCAGCAGCGACGGCAGCAGCAGCGACGGCAGCAGCAGCGACGGCAGCAGCAGCGAAGAAGAAGACGAGGAGCUGCAGCAGCUGCUGCAGCAAGAUGAAGAUGAUGAGGUAUCUGACACUGCAGCAGCAGCAGCAGCAGCAGCAGCAGCAGCAGAAGAGAGAGCAGCAGCAGCAGCAGCAGCAGCAGCAGAAGAGGCAGCAGCAGAAGAAGCAGAAGAAACAGAAGCAGAAAGUGAAGACAAAGAUGGCGAGCCAGCAGCAGCAGCAGCAGAGCCCGCAGCAGCAGCAGCAGCAACAGCAGCAGCAGCAGCCACAGCAGCAGCAGCAGGAAAGGCCGAGGUGGACUCAGACAGCGGCACCAGCGCAGCCCCAACCGCAGCAGCAGCAGCAGCAGCAGCAGCAGCAGCUGCUGCUGCUGCUGCUGCUGCUGCUGACAGCGAAGAUGAGGAACUUACGGAAGAGCAGCAGCAGCAGCAGCAGCUGCUGCUGAACGAACCCCACGAGCUGCUGCUGCCUUACAAACCCUUGCUGCCGAAAGCAGCUGUCGAUACACCUGAGAUCUUCGCCCCCUGGAAACCCUCGUCGCAGGCCAAGCUGCUGCACCGCUAUUUAAUUAUUUACCCCCCAAGUGACCCAAAAUGGGCCCCACAGAUGCAGCAGCUAACGGAGGGGCUGCUGCUGCACCUCGUGCUGCAGUCGCGCAGCAACUUUACCCAGGGUGGCGGUACCCCGUUCUUUGAGCUGUGGCAGCAGCUGCAUCCUCCGCUGCUGCUGCUGCUGCAGCACUCGGCAGCAGCAGCAGCAGCAGCAGCAUUUUUCAAGCCCUUGCUGCUGCAAAUGGCUGCCCGUGUUGCUCCCGGGGACGAGGAAGUGCAGCAGCACCUUAGAACUCACAUUGCUGCUGCUGCAGCAGCAAAAGGAGCAGCAGCAAAAGCAGCAAAAGCAGCAGAGAAGGCUGAAGGAACAGAUGAGCUGCUGCAGCUGCUGCAGCCGCAGCUGCCGCAGCAGCUGCAGCAGCAGCAAACGGAAGCCACCACAAACAGGUGCAUCCUGACUGCUACAGAUGUUGCUGUGCUGCAGCUGCUGUUCUGCUGCUACCCACUGCAGCAGCAGCGGCAGCAGCGGCUGCUGCAGCUGGGAUUUGUUGUGCUCGAAGCAGCAGCAGCAGCAGCAGCAGCAGCGCAGCACGCUGACGUCGUUCCCGUUUGCCCACCUCGCCUGCGUUUGCUGCUGCGGCGCAAUGAGCUGCAGCAGCAGCAAAUCCGCGCGCAGCUGCAGCAGCAGCAGCAGCAGCAGCAGCUGGAGCAGGAGCUGCUGCAGCUGCAGCAGAAGCAGCAGCAGCUGCUCAAACAGCUGACAAUCCCGCGACUGCCACUGACACGCAGCGGCAUUGCAGCAGCAGCAGCAGCAGCAGCAGCAGACUCGCUGCUGCAGCAGGAAUCCGCCCCCAUCAGCAGCAGCAAAGAAACAUUUGCUGCUCUGCCCCCUACCCUUCCACCUGCUGCUGCUCCUCUUGCUGCUCAGCUGCUGCUGCUGCAGCGCCAGGCUACUGCAGCAGCAGCACAAGAAGGUUGCUUCUUCCCAUCAGCCUUCAGCCUUGCUGCUGCGCUGCUGCACACAGCAGCAGCGCAGCUGCUGCUGCUGUCCAGGCAGCAGCAGCAGCAGCAGCAGCCCCAAGAACAGCAGCAGCAAGAACAGCAGCAGCAAGAAGAAGAAGAGCUGCAGCCAGAUCUCGAGGACGCUGUUCUGCACAUUCUGCAGCAGCAGCAGCAGCAGCAGCAGCAGCAGCAGCAGCAGCAACAGCAGUGGGAAGGCUGGGCAGAUUUCGGCUGUUCCGUAGCUGCAACGGCUCUGGCGAUGUUGCAAACCCUCCGCUCACAAACCCUAGCAGUGUACGUGCCGGUGAUGCAGCAGCUGCUGCCAGCCCUCCCGCUGCUGCAGGGUUUGCUGCUGCAAGCUGCUGCUGCUGCUGCUGCACCAGCAGCAGGUGCAGCGGCUUCAGCAGCAGCAGCAGCUGCAGCAGCAGCAGCAGCAGCAGACGAAGAAGAAGACGAGGAGUCUGCGGAAGGCUCUUCAUCCUCUGCAGCAGCAGCUAAAGCAGCAGCAGCAGCAGCAGCAGCAGCAGCAGGGGGCAGGGCUUGCUGCUGCUUCCUGCUGCAGCUGCGGCGGCUGUGGCGCUGCGCCUUUGAAGCAGCAAGCAGCAGCUUGUGUCCCCUCAGCAUUCAGCAGGGCAACAAGAAGGCGGGGCUGCAGCUGCUAACUCCGCGGUACUAUGACCCCAAGAGCCUCGGGGGUUUGCGCAGCAGCAGCAGCAGCAGCAGCAACUUGCUGCAGCGGGAGCUGCUGCAGCAGCACCGGGAGAAGCGGCUGUACAAGCAGCAGCGGCGCAACGCAGCAGCAGCAGUGCGCGCGUCAGCUGCUGCUGCUGCUGCUGCUGCUGCAGCAACAGCAGCAGCAAGAAAGGCAGCAAUUAACGCCACCACAAACCGCUUCCUCAGGAUACUUGAACAAGACACGGUCGAGUACAAAAAGAUGAAAACCAUUGGAGGCGGCAUGGACACUUCGCUGCAGAAGUACAGACCCUCUAAAGAGAAGAAGAAAAGAAGACUGGCGGGAAACAAAACAGAUUCCUAA